AUGGAUCCAAUAGUCACUUACAUCAAGGAUGGUAGUCUUCCGUCAGACCCAGCCGAAGCUCAAAAAGUCAAGAUUAGGUCGUCCAAGUUUACAAUCUUGAAUGACGAGCUGUACAAAAGGGGAUUCUUUCAGCCCUACUUGAAGUGCCUUGGCCUAGAAGAUGCUGAAUAUGUUCUAAGGGAGAUCCAUGAAGGAGUGUGCGGGAAUCAUUCUAGACCACGCUUACUCGUCGAUCAGUGGGUGGAAACAAAACCUCUUGCAGUCAUAACAGAGGCGAAGAUACAGCACUUCGUGUGGAAGAAUCUUGUUUGUCGGUUUGGAAUCCCUCGCAUCAUCAUCUCUGACAAUGGUCGACAAUUUGACAACAGAAAAUUCAGAGAUUUCUGCAGAGAAUUGGGUAUAAAGAACCAUUACUCUUCACCUAGUCACCCACAGGCCAAUGGCUAG